AUGACGAGGCCGCCGGUCUUCAUGGUGGAGCUCCUGGCCGCCUGCUUCUUCUUGACGGCCGCCGUCCUCGAAGGCUACGUCUCAAACGACACCGUGCAGCUGGGGCUCUGCCUCUGGCUCCCGGGGUCUCUGCUCGGCCUCUACCUGCCGCACGAGCUGCUCUGGCAGAAGAUGGAGGAGGACGGGGACGCCGCGCUCACGGGCGAGGCCGCCCAUCGGCAGCUCACGCCCGCCGAGAGGCAGCACACUCCGAUCGGAAGGCGGGCGCUGUGGAUGGGCUUCAGCCCCCUGGUCGUCGCCCGCCUCGCGACCUGCGUCACCGCGCUGACGGUGGGCUACUCGCAGGGCAGCCUGUCGGGAGCGCACCUGGUCAUACAGGAUGCCAUGGGCUACAGCGAUGCGCAGAUCUCCUGGCUGUUGGGCAUCACCUACUUUGUGAUGUGCAUAGGCGCACUGCCCGGCGCGCUGCUCGCGGAUUGGGUCGGGCGCGUGAACGGCCUCCUGGUCGUCUACGCCUUGGUUAUGCUGUCCUCCAUGCUGUCGGCCGUUGCCGUGCCGUUCUGGCAGAUGUUCGCGGCGCAGGCGCUGCUUGGCAUGAGCCUGGGUAUGGGCCUCGGCAUCGUGUCCAUAUAUCCAGCUAAGUAG